CGUUUUUUUUUUGUGUUGAUGAGUAUAUUUACGAAGAAUGAUGAAGGACUUCUAAAAUUUAAGUACACAUUUUAGUCUCUCGAGCUGUCACUUUAAAAUUAUCGCAGUACAAAUGUUUAAAUGGUCAUAUUUGUAAUCUGCGCAGAACCGUACGAGAUUUGUCUCGGGAACGAUCGUGCAAAUAUGUAUACUUCUACCGUGAGCGCCGUGAGCACCCCUAUCUUGCUUUCUUCAUGAACCAUGGCAGAGAGCAACAGAGCCCUAAUCAAAAAUACAAUCUGAAAACUAAAAGAAUCAUAUAUCUACGAAUAAUAUAAGAAUUGAGUUUUGUAUGUAUUAAUAAUUUCACAGUACAACGUCUGAUUAACAAUGCAGCUUGGAUUGUCUCUAUUAAUCAUUCAUAUAAAUAAAAUACCAUACAGAGGGAAAUAUCGUAGAGUAAAAAAACCGUCUAUGCAUGAUUUACUUAAGAUGAAGAAAGAUUUCGAGAGACAAGAGCAAAACAUGUUGAUUCUGCGGCACCCCUAUCUCACAGUUGAACUAAAUCAUGGUCACAUGAAAGACAUGUAUCUCAAAAGCAGAAACAAAACUUUCUUCAGAAGAUAUGAACAGAAAAUCGUCAGAAGUUCCAGAAAGAAAUUACUAUCGCCGAUCGUCUAUGCCACAUGAGAAGCGUGGGAUUGAAAUCUUUU